UGGUUGAUGUUGAUGAUGGCCGCUGGUGGUGGAGGUGCUGCCUCCUCCUCCUCCUCCAGCUCGUCCAGCUCGUCCUCCUGGUCCACCUCGGGCUUCCACCUCCUCCUCGUCGUCCUCCUCCUCGUCAUCAUAGUCGUCGUCUUCGUCGUCGUCUUCGUCGUCGUCACGGGCCGCGAGAAUGUCCUCCGCUCGCUGGCUGCGCGAGGCCUUGCCGCGAUCCGAGGCCUCGCGGGGGGCGACGAGGUGGGGGGGGCGGGGGGCGAGGGGCGGGGCGCGGGGGGUGAGGGGCGGGGCGCGGGGGGCGAGGGGGUGGGGGCCGGGGCGGGGGGUGAGGGGGUGGGGGCCGCGGGGGGCGAGGGGGGGGGCGCCAUGACGCGGAGGGACUUCACGCUGCAGCAGCUGCGGCAAUUCGAUGGCGAGCGGGAGGCGCCCAUCUUGGUGGCGGUCAACGGGAAAGUGUUCGACGUCUCGCGCGGGAGGAAAUUCUACGGCAAAGGUGGAGGAGACGGCCCCUACGGAGUGUUUGCGGGCCGUGACGCGUCCCGUGGUCUCGCGUCCUUCCGGCUGGACCGGGACGCGCUGCGGGACACCUACGACGACCUGUCAGACCUGACGGCCGUGCAGACGGAGAGCGUGCGGGAGUGGGAGAUGCAGUUCAUGGAGAAGUAUCGCUACGUGGGGCGUCUGCUGCGGCCGGGUGAGGAGCCUGCGGACUACACGGACGACGAGGACCUCCGGGAGCCCUCCAGGGACGACUGACGCAGCACGGAGGGGCGGCAGCAGGAGCAGCGAUGUGAUUGGUCGAUCCGUGGGAGGGGAGGUGCCUCUGGGGGGGGGGGUCACAGUGGGGAGAGUGGUCAGGAAGCUGGACCGGACCGGACUGGACCGGACUAAACCGGAUCAAACCGGACCGGACGGGACGAGAGUGAGUGCCGAAUACCCGGUUGGGUCGGCGAGUCCAAAGAUGCGAUUGGUCGAGGUGCAACGCGCCGCAACGCGAUUGGAUGAUGACUUUAGCGAGCAAGACUCGCGAUUGGACAUUCGUUUAAGUGAGCGAGCGCCGCGAUUGGUUGUUGUCGGUGCGCGGGCGCCGCGAUUGGCCGAAUCGUGACGGGCGCCGCGAUUGGCCGAAUCAUGACUGGUGCUGCUAUUGGCCGAAUCAUGACUGGUGCUGCUAUUGGCCGAAUCAUGACGGGCGCCGUGAUUGGCCGAAUCGUGACGGGCGCUGCGAUUGGCCGAAUCAUGACGGGCGCCUCGAUUGGCCGAAUCAUGACGGGCGCCGCGAUUGGCCAAAUCAUGACUGGUGCUGCUAUUGGCCGAAUCAUGACGGGCGCUGCGGGGGGGGGGGGGGGGGGGGGACGCGAAUGCCGACGCCCGAUUGGGCUCAAGAUGACGUCACGCUGAGGGCUCACGGAGCCGUGAUGGCAGGAAUUGGUGUCCCGUUUGGUGGCGAGUGGCGAGGAGAUGUCCAUCUGCCUCGCCUGCGACGCCGGAGGUCGCGGGGCCGGUCACGACCGCUAUGACGCCUGCUACUGUUGCUGCUGUUGCUGCCGCUGCUGUUGCUGCUGUUGCUGCCGCUGCCGCUGCUGCUGCUGCCACUGCUGUAUAUUUAUAUUUGGGCUCCGCGUGUGUCUGUAUCUCUCCCCCGCGGUGGUCGCGUGGAUCUUGGCUGCUGCUAUAAAUUUACACGCGAUGACAAACCACUUGAGUGUUGUGAGCGUGUGGGU